CAGAUUUGUAUUUUUGGGUGAAACAUUUCUUUCAGUUCCUGAUGCAUGUGUAAAUUAUACAGCAUGCUUAAAAGUCUCUCUCUUCACAGACCUCACAAACAUCACUCCCAGAGACUGCUCUGACAUCAGCACACUGGGGCAGAGAAAAAAUGGGGUGCACCAGGUGACCCCUGAUCCCAGAAAUGGCAGCUUUGCGGUGUACUGUGACAUGGAGGAAUUCGGUGGCGGGUGGACUGUCUUGCAGCGUCGCAUCAACGGCAGCGUGAGCUUCAACCGCACCUGGGCUGACUACAAGAAGGGCUUUGGUGACCCUAAAGGCGAGUUCUGGCUGGGCAAUGAUAAAAUCCACCUGCUCACCAAAACCAAGGACAUGAUCCUGCGCAUUGAGCUCGAAGAUUUUGAGGGCACACGUGGGUAUGCCAAGUACGAACAGUUCUACGUAUCCAAUGAGUUCCUCAAUUAUCGGCUGUCUUUGAGCGGGUACUCAGGGACUGCUGGAAAUGCUCUGCAGUUUAGCAAACACUUCAACCAUGAUCAGAAGUUCUUCACUACACUGGACAAGGACAACGACAUGUACCCCUCAGGGAACUGUGGAGCGUACUACGGAUCGGGCUGGUGGUUUGAUGCCUGCAUGUCA